ACUUGAACAAAGUUGGAAAUGGUUCGUUAUUAUUAGCUGCGGCUUGAGAGGUAUAAGAAGGACGGAAUGUCGCUGCUUGAUUGAGUUCAUUAUCACAUCAAACUACUUCACUUACAUCUACAACCCAAAUCAACACACUCAACUCACAAUGGAUUUCGUCAAGAACGCUAUGUCUGGUGGCUCCAAGUCUGGUGAUGCCUCCAAGAGCGGCAGCAACAACCAGGAGGACUACGUCGAUAAGGGUGUUGAUUUCCUCAACAAGAAGGUCGGUGUGAACAUCUCCCGCGACAACCAGGAGAAGGCCACCGACUUUGCCCGCAGCCAGUACGAGAAGUCAACUGGCAACAAGGUCGACCCCAAGAUCUCUAACUAGAGGGAUGAUAUUUAAUGAUGGAAGCUCAAAUAGUGAGCAUGAAUUAAUAUGACAUAAUUACUUCAA